CUGCGGCCUGCGGCUGCGCGACCGCGCCAAGCUGGAGCUGCAUCAGCGCUGCCACCUGCCGGAGCGGCCGAGCGACUUCGCGUGCCCCGAGUGCGGCCAGCUGGCGGCUCAGUGGCGCACGCUCUCCAUGCACCUGUGGCGCGCGCACCGGAUCGACUGCGACCUCUACCACUGCGACCUGUGCGACUACAAGACGACGCGCUACUCGCAGCUGGUGAGCCAGCACCUGCCGACGCACAGCCAGCUGCGCGAGCACGUCUGCGAGACGUGCCAGAAGGCCUUCAAAAGCAGCAAGCAGCUGCAGAACCACCGCGCCAAGCACAAGCGGCGCGACGACCCGUCGUUCGUCGAGUCGUGCCGCUGUCCGCUGUGCGGUCUGGUGCUCUCCGACCGGCGCGCCCUGCAGCUGCACCGCGAGAUGGUGCACGAGAAGCGCCGUGGCUUCCAGUGCAACACGUGCGGCCGCCUCUUCAGCUGUCGCUCCUCGCUGGUCAUGCACGCGCGCCAGCACACGGGCCAGAAGCCGUUCGCCUGCGAGCAGUGCGACUACGCGACGACUGACCACAACACGCUGCGCCGCCACCGGAUGCGGCACACGGGAGAGCGGCCCUACAAGUGCCCGCACUGCAGCUACUCCUGCAUCCAGUCGACCACGUACAAGAAGCACUUGCGCACCAAGCACCCGAACGCGGCGGCCGACCUCGUCUUCUCCUGCCAGCACUGCAUCUUCAAGACGAUCCAGCGCUCUGCAUACACGCGCCACAUGCAGGAGCACGACGACCGGCCGGCGCCGGCGCCGGCGCCGGCCUCGGCUCCAGCUGCAGCGUGCAACAGCUGCAUCUGA